AUGCUAGAUCUUAGCCGGGAACAGCUUCCCACUGAAAGAGCCUUGGGGGUGCAAUGGGACGUUGAACAGGAUGUUUUCACCUUUAGCAUUGUAAACAAGCACAAACCACUAACAAGACGUGGUAUUUUGUCCAUCGUCAGCUCUAUUUACGACCCUUUGGGUUUCUUAGCUCCAGUUAUUCUCACUGCUAAACAGAUUCUUCAACAUUUAUGUAAACUGAAGUUUGGCUGGGAUGAGACAAUUCCACUAGAAAUAGCGCAAGUUUGGGACAAGUGGGUCAAAGAUUUAGUUCUUCUUGACAACUUAAGUAUCAGAAGAUGCAUCACACCCAAAGGAUUUGGGGAAAUAAGAAGUGCACAACUGCAUCACUUUAGUGAUGCCAGUGAAACUGGGUUUGGUGCUGUGUCUUAUCUUAGGCUAUCUAAUAGUAAACAGGAAGUGUGUGUUUCCUUUGUUAUUGGUAAAGCAAGGGUAGCACCAGUAAAACAAAUUACUAUACCACGACUUGAACUUGCUGCUGCAGUUUUAGCUGUGCGACUGGACAAGAUGCUGUCAGUUCAACUUGGACUCAAUAUGAGUGAAUCAGUCUUUUGGUCUGACAGUACAACCGUCCUGCAGUACAUUGCAAACACAACGACACGGUUCAAAACAUAUGUAGCUAAUAGAGUGUCCAUUAUUCGUGAUCUUACAAAGGUCACUCAGUGGAGAUACAUCAGCUCAAAGUUGAAUCCAGCUGACCCAGCCUCUCGAGGCAUGAAGAUUGGUUCUUUUUUAAAGUCUUCCACCUGGAUCAGUGGGCCGGAAUUUCUCACAAAACCUGAGAUCCAAUGACCAGCAGUGGUUAAACAAAUACCUGUUCAUUUGGAAGCUGAUCCAGAGGUUAAAGAGCAGGUCUUGACAUGUGCAGCUGUGCUGGAAGAAGUGUGUCCCACCACCAAGCUGCUAAUGUACUU